AUGGCAGACAGCAGAUGCGAGGCCAUUGAAAAGGCCAUGGCGGAAGGAGGAGCGGCAACGGCAAUGGAGAAAGACGAUGGCGCCACGGCCACAGUAGCUCCUCCCCCUGUCCAAUCGCUUCGUUUUCUGAGGACCUUUGGCACCGAGAAUGAGGCGAAGCCGGGCUCGGUGCCGGACGCGACAACAGAGUCUGCUGUACCGGGGCAGGUUCUUCCAUCUGCAGAGCCACAGGUGGAUCCACCGGGCGAAGUGCAAAGCCAGGGCCAAGGGCCGCCACCCCAGAAAGCCGCACCCACUCCGCCAGCUGAGAAAGACCUGCACUGGCGGCAUCAGCAGCAUUUAGCAUACCUGAAGAGUCUUGGUAGUGAAGCCUACCGUAUGGCCGUGGAUGACACCGAAGGGCUUUCGCCACCCGUGAAGGAAAGUGAGGUCGAUGAUACCACCUGCACUCCCAGUCAACGAGGUCCAGAGCUGUUGCAGUGCUUGAGCGUCGAUGUAAAGCAUCUGUUUGAGGACACAUAUAACUACACUUGGGAAACUUCAAUGGUGGAAAAGCACUUGGAUGAGGCGAUGGCGGUGGUGUCUCCGACACAAGAAGAGAAGCAGUUGGCAAGCCCACGGCCACUGACCACUCCUGGCAGAGGUGUGAGGGAAGUGCUCAAAACGACUCCCAGUAGUGUGGAGAAUUGGUCACAGGAAGAAGACCGCGAGAUUUGGGACAAACUGAAGGCACAAUUGCAGAGUUUGGAGGAUUCUGUGGGUGAACUGACAAGGAAGACCAUGCCCAAACAGCGCCGGACCUUGGAGACCCCCCAUCCAUGGCCAAAGGAUGCUGGGAUGGCGGGUUUCUUUCAGGGCUUCCGGAGGUCCAUUCCCGUGGGGCCUCCUGGCGGUCCCGGGCUGGCGCCCAUGCGCCAUGUGUCACGGGAGACCUUGAGUGAGCCGGGCUCCUCUUCGGAUGUCUCCUCUUCCAAGGGCCACAGUUCCAUGGCUUCAGUACCGCAACGUGCUGAGCAAGGAUCAAUGGAACCAGAGGCGAUGCGGGAUGCCAGAUGCGUGCAGAUGAGUUGCCGGAGCAGGAGCAGUAACAGCUUGGCUUCGGCUGGGCAAUUGCCCACGCCCUGCAGUGCCAAAAUCAUGGGGCCAAUGGAGGUGCUACGCACCCCAUCGACGGGAGCUCGAACUCCAGCCAUUUCACCAGGGAGAUCCCUGGUGUACCGGCAAAUUUCCUCGCCGGUGGCUCUACUCACUCCGCGGAUUCCGGGCGAAGUGAGGACCAUUAUGGGUCCUGCUGGUCCAGCCUACCCACAAUGA